ACCGCGCCCAUCUCUGUUCUCUGAUGGCCGGAUGAGAAGUACAACUGGAGAAAAGUGUUCCUUGAAGGAAAAGCAACGGGAAGUGGCGGCCGUCGGACUUGCACUCUGACCAAACUUGUCCUACGGACUUAAAUGACAAACAAUCGACGCCGCAGUUGAGAUAUCUACUUGACACCUUUCCAACGCGGCGUUUAAUCCUUGCCUUCUGCAUCGAAUUAUUUGAAAGCUGAACUCGUUAGUGAAGCGCCGCUCCUCCGACUGAGGCUAGUUAGCUUAGCGAGCUAGCUCGUUCUUGUUCGUUGAUGCGUGGAUUUGACAGAGACACGGUGUUUUCUUUCGGUCAAUGCCAUAUAAAGCAAGGCCAACUACGACUGAAUACAGAUCCGUGUGUGUCCCGGCAGUAGGAGUGAGGAAGCGCUUUAGAAGAAGAAAAUGAGUGAACUGGAUCAGUUACGCCAGGAGGCUGAGCAGCUGAAAAACCAGAUCAGAGAUGCGAGGAAAGCGUGCGCUGAUGCCACACUGUCACAGAUAACGGCCAACAUCGACCCUGUGGGGAGAAUCCAGAUGCGCACAAGGCGAACACUGAGGGGACAUCUGGCUAAGAUCUAUGCUAUGCACUGGGGCUCUGACUCCAGGCUGCUGGUCAGUGCCUCCCAGGAUGGUAAACUCAUUAUUUGGGACAGUUAUACUACAAACAAGGUCCAUGCGAUCCCACUGCGCUCAUCCUGGGUGAUGACAUGUGCCUACGCUCCCUCAGGAAACUACGUGGCCUGCGGAGGCCUGGAUAACAUUUGCUCCAUCUACAGCCUGAAGACUCGCGAAGGCAAUGUGCGCGUCAGCCGUGAGCUGGCUGGACACACAGGAUACUUGUCCUGCUGCCGCUUCCUUGAUGACAACCAGAUUGUCACAAGUUCUGGUGACACCACCUGUGCUCUCUGGGAUAUAGAGACCGGUCAGCAGACAACCACGUUCGCAGGUCACACUGGAGAUGUGAUGAGCCUGUCCCUGGCUCCAGAUUCGAGAAUCUUUGUGUCUGGAGCUUGCGAUGCCUCGGCUAAGCUGUGGGACGUGCGCGAGGGCAUGUGCAGACAGACCUUUACUGGCCACGAGUCCGACAUUAACGCCAUAUGUUUCUUCCCUAAUGGCAACGCGUUUGCCACUGGCUCAGAUGAUGCCACUUGCCGGCUAUUUGACCUGCGUGCAGAUCAGGAGCUGAUGAUUUACUCACACGACAACAUCAUUUGUGGCAUCACCUCAGUGGCUUUCUCCAAGAGCGGCCGCCUGCUGCUCGCUGGCUACGACGACUUCAACUGCAAUGUUUGGGACAGUCUGAAGGCCGACCGUGCAGGUGUGUUGGCUGGCCAUGACAACCGUGUAAGCUGUCUGGGUGUGACUGAUGAUGGCAUGGCUGUGGCUACAGGGUCCUGGGACAGCUUCCUCAAGAUCUGGAACUGAUCUCAGAAGGUGCUUUCAACACAACAUGUCCGACACAAUGUCAUUUGAACUCCAAAGUUGACUGGAAGACCAUUCCAACUUUAGAAUGUUAAAUUUCACAGCAUCGUCAACAGCAACAAAACUGACUCAGACUCCACCAUGAAAAAGAAAAAAAAAAAAAACUUCUAAGGAAAAACAAUGCCUUUCCUACACAAAGAAGAGCACAAUUUGUUCUAUCACCCACCUUAAAAAAAGAGAGAGAAAAAAAAAGAAGAAUUCCUGUGGUAUCAAAAGAAUAACUGUGCAUUCCCUUUCAGACCAUUCUGUGUCACCCUGAUAAACACUAUCAUCCCAUGCUUAUGUAUCAUGUGUCUAGAAAGCAAAUGUUGGAGUGUAAUUGUACAAAUUAUUUAACUUUUAUUUCUUUUUAGACUUUUAUCAGGCUCUUUGUUGUUCUUGGAUCUUUUUUUUUUUUCCCUUCAUAACAUUCAUUUUACAUAUGGUCCAGCUUAAAAAAAAACCCCUCUUUUAAUCCUGUAAAAUUGUGGGUGAAUGUUCGAGACAAAAUAAGAUGUGUAGAAGGCUGAGAUUAGACAUGGAAGGAAUAGCAGCAUUUUCUUUUCUGAAGUUUUUUUUCCCUCAUUUUCUUUCUUUCUUUCUCUUUUUUUUUUUUUUUAAUUGGUGCACUAGUUUGCCCUAGAGAGUGUGUGUGUGUGUGUGUGUGUGUGUGUAAGUAGUCUUCAUGAGCGUGACUUUAGAUGCUGUAAGAGAAAGUGUGCUCCUUCGUCAAGUCAUGAUUCAUAGUCUUGGGCAACAAAGUGGUAGAUCCAAGCAGCUUUCAACUCUUAACUGUUCAUCUUGUUCAAAGGUUGCUGAGCUGUCAGCAAUUACUGGGUAAUAAGAACAGCCUUAGUUUUCUAAAAAUGUAAUAAUCUGUGCAUUAGUUAACUUUUGAUGUGAAAUAAAGGUCCUUUGUCCUUGAAGAGAAAAGAAAACGCCAUAAAUACGCCAUAUCUUUUAAGUCUUUUACCAUUUCCGAGUCUGAGGUACUCGCGUCAUUUAUCUCAGAAUGGCUGCUUGUAAAUACGAGUAUCUGACUUGCACGCGAAUGCAGCAUUAUAUCCUAGCUCCUUUUCUUUCCAGUCUCGUCAGCUUUGUUUGCACAAUAAGAAACUUGACUAAUGUUUUACGUGUUAACUAACCAAGCACAUGCCAUUAAUCACAUCGAGAAUGAAUUUUAACAAAGAAAACAAAAUUUACAACCCAGUCCUCUCUUUCAUAGAGGUUCAUUGUUUGAACUAACCUCGACGCUUCUAUUCUGGUUUUACUUUUUUGUAUCGGAGUUACUUUGUGCGUUUGUGACUCUUCAGUCCAGGGAUGGUCUAUUAUUCGUGGGGAUAAAUAGAUCGUGGGGCAGAAGGGUGUUUUGUUUUGUUUUUUUUUCUUCUACUUCUUUUUUUUAAACCCAGUACCUAAAACAGAUAUCCCUGUUUGUGCUUUAAAAUACAGGUAAUAAUCUGUGAAUGAAAUGUUGUACAAAUCAAUGUCUGAAAAUAAUUCUUAAAACUUUAACCUUUUUUUUUUUUUUUUCAUCUGCCAUGAAGUAACAUAGUCGCAUGCUGUAGAAAUGCUUAAGCAGGUGCUCGUUUCUUUUUUUUUGUUGUUGUUGUUUGUUUUGGCUCUACUGAUCUCUGCUACGAUGGUGAAAUGUGGUAAGACCUUAUAACAGCUGAAGCUUAAUUCCAGUCACUUCUCCUACACCGUGUUCACGUCGUUUACUUUUACUGGCAAAGCUAUGCACCCAAGUGUAAAACUGAACGAGACCUACACGGUUCCUGUAAAAUUCCUCUGCACCUGUGCACCAGUAAUGAUUCUUCAAAUGUAAACGGUUACCAAGACAUCUGUUCUACGUUUUCGUUCAACUUCAAAUUAACAGGAAUGGGUCCAAAGAAACUCUGUUCCGGCUUCCUGUGUCUUGAAAAUGGCAUCUGAAAUGGCAGAUUUUUCUCCCCCCCUCCCCCACUGUAAACAGAUGCACUUUCUUUGAUAGUUGUGACCUUUUUUUUUUAAUGUUUCUCUCUCUCUCUCUCUCUCUCUCUCUCUCUCUCUCUCUCUCUCUCUCUCUCUCUCUCUCUCUCUGCGAUAAUGUACAAUAAUUGUGAUGUAUUUGUGUGUGCUGCCACCAGUAAAGAUUAAUUGCAGUUCAAUUAAAAUGGAUUCCACACCUUA